AUGACUCCAUAUAAUACAAAUUAUAUUCCUGUUAAUUCUCAAAAUUUAAAUGAUGAAGUUGUUAAUUUUUUUACAGAAGAUAGUUUUCAUGAUGCAUCUGAUGCUCCUGUUAUAGGAACAGAUAAUUUAGAAAUGGCAAGAUCUGGGAUACCAAAUUCCUUACCAAAAAAUAUACCAUAUGGAGAGAUAAAAUAUAUUUUAUAUUUUAUAAAUAGCUUAAUGUUAUUAUUAAAUCUUGUUUUUAUAUCAAUAAUUAUAAAUUCAGCUUAUUCUUUAAAAUAUUCUCCUAUUAAAAGAAAGAGAAAUGAAAUUGUUCAGGAAUAUUUAAAAGUUGGUAUUGAGAAAUGUAAUAAUUACAAUAAUUAUGAUAAAUUGAAACAAGAUAUAGAAAAAUUAAAGAAAAGUAUUGAUAAGAAAGAUAGAAAUAUUAUAAAUAAAACCAAAAUUGAUAAAGAUAGACAAAAUAAUAAACUUCAACAACUUCCUAUUGUUCAAAUGAAUGAAGAAAAGUUAGCAGAAGUUUUUCAUAUUUUAGCUAAAAUGCCUAAUGAAAAAUCUGAUAGUACAAUAAAUAAAAAUAUUAUAAACAAAAAUGUUAUAAUGAUUAGAGAAGAUGAAACUAUGUGUAUAUUAAAUCAUGAAGAUAACAAAAAACAAAUAAAUGACAAAAAUGAUAAAACAUCAAAAUCACUUGAGAAAAAAUUUUGA